AUGCCUUCAGUCACCGACUACAAAGCGUACCACAUCUUGAGCUAUGGCUCCUUCCUCGGAGCCACACUCUUCCAGUCGUUCAUCGGCGGUGUUGUUGCAUUCAAGGUCCUUCCUCGCGCACAGUUCUCGACUCUUCAAAAGGCAACUUUCCCUGUCUUCUUCGCCCUUCAGUCUGUCCUUGGCCUAGCACUCUUGUUCACCUACCCUGGCGAGAAGUUGCUCGGCGUCGGAAAUCAGACCCUCAGAGAAAAUGUUGGCUUCAGUGGCCUCUUAGCAGACAAUAACAGAUGGCCUAUCUUUGUGCCGCUUGCAACCAUCUUUGUUACCAGUGUUAUCAACGCUCUGAUCAUUGGUCCCGCCACAACGAAGACUAUGAAGGAGCGUCACCAUCAAGAAACUCGUGAUGGCAAGAAAUACUCAGACCCCGGCCCGCACUCCAAGGCAAUGGAGCAGUUGAACAAGAGCUUCGGUGUGUUGCAUAGUGUGUCGACGAUCAUCAAUCUGACCGCAUUCGGAUGCGCCAUUUGGUACGGCUUUGUCCUGGGCGAGAGACUGUAA